UCCGCCCCCUGCAGGGCCCUGAUGGGCAGUACAGCCAGCCAAUCCCAGGGCUCAGAGGGUAGGUCUGCUGGCUGACCACUAAGUGAGGGAGCCCCAGGUUGUGGCUCUAAAGAGGCCCCAGUCAGUAACCAGCCAUGAGCUGUGAGGGUCAAACUGGCAGACUGCGCUAAACACAGCCACGCAUAGGACCAUCCACAUACUGCCUUCCUGAGUCCCAGGCAAUAGAAGGCAGGUGGCUCUACCCUUGGCCGAGGCUGGGUGUGGCACAACCACUGCUGCCCCUGUGCCCUCAUUGGCUUCCACGCAAUCAGAUCAACAGAAGGAGCACCUGCCAUCCGAGGCUCCCGACCCAACCCAGGGCCAUUCACCAGGAGCAUGGGGCUCCCUGAUGUCCAGCCCCAGCUGGUGUUGCUGUGGGCACUGGUGUGGGCACAGGGGACAGGGUCUGUAUGUCCCUCCUGUGGAGGUCCCACGCCGGUGCCCCAAGCAGAACGCGCUCUGGUACUGGAGCUAGCCAAGCAGCAGAUCUUGGAGGGGCUGCACAUGACCAGUCGUCCCAGAAUAACUCACCCUCCACCCCAGGCAGCGCUGGCCAGAGCCCUCCGGAGACUGCAGCCAGGAAGUGUGGCUCCUGCAAAAGGGGAGGAGGUCAUCAGCUUUGCUACCAUCACAGAUUCCUCCACUUCACCUUGCAGCUCCAUGCUCACCUUCCACCUGUCCACAGCUCAGUCCCACCACCUGUUCCACGCUCGCCUUUGGUUGCACGUGCUCCCCACCCUUCCUGGCACACUUUCCUUGAGGAUCUUCCGAUGGAGCCCAAGGAGCAGGCACCCAGGGUCCCGCAAACUCCUGGCUGAGCACCAGAUGACGGCCCCGGGCUGGCACGCCCUCACUCUGCCCCCUAGUGGCCUGAGGGCCGAGGAGUCCACCGUCCUGAAGCUCCGGCUGAACUGCGGACGCGUAGAAGGCAACGCCACCUCUGCCCAGCAGCCUCUGCAGCUCCUGGACACGGCGGGAGACCAGAGGCCCUUCCUGGAGCUUAAGAUCCGGCCCAAUGAGCCUGGAACAGGCCGGGCCAGGAGGAGGACCCCCACCUGUGAUCCUGAGACCCCCUUAUGCUGCCGGCGAGACCACUAUGUAGACUUCCAGGAACUAGGAUGGCGGGACUGGAUCCUGCAGCCCGAGGGGUACAAGCUGAAUUACUGCAGUGGACAGUGCCCCCCACACCUGGCUGGCAGCCCUGGCAUUGCUGCCUCCUUCCAUUCGGCUGUCUUCAGCCUCUUCAAGGCCAACAACCCUUGGCCCUUGGGUACUUCCUGCUGUGUCCCUACUGCCCGAAGGCCUCUGUCUCUCCUCUACCUGGACCGGGAUGGCAAUGUGAUCAAGACAGAUGUGCCAGAUAUGGUGGUAGAGGCCUGUGGCUGCAGCUAGCGAGAGGACCUGGGGAUUUGGAGUAAAGAGAUCGGUUAGGGGUUCCCAGGCAGAGGGCGUCUGUGGCGGGAGACAUUAGAUUCCUGAUCCAUACCCCCACCUAACAGGCUGGGUGGCCAGAUGACCGGGGUGACCCCUAGGGGACCCAAAUGGGCACUUGUUCGUCCAGACUCUUGCCUAUUCCAGGCUAGCUGAUGUGUAGGGAGAAUGGGGAAAGUGUGUUCUCUAAAGGAGUCUCCCCAGAAAGCAUGGUUUCCUACCCUAAGCCCUCUGAGAAGGCGGCAGAGGUGAGGGAGGAGUGGAGGGAAGGAGAAGGCAGAGAAAAAUUACUUAGUCUCUCACAAGAAAAGAAAGUCCUCAAGUGAGGGAAGCAGGCUUGGGACAGGAGAAGCAGGCUGGUCCAGGCUAGGAACUAUGGAAGAGCUUCCAGGGAGGGUCAAGAAGGAGAUGGGCAAGGGGCUAAGAGGAAGUAGGUUAGGAGAGCCCAAGAAAUGGGAGCUGGGUGAGAGGGGUACUGAGCCUAAGAAGUUCCCUGGUUUUUCCCAGGGGGAAAAGGGGGACAGGACCCACGGGGGAGACAAAUGUUUAUAUAUUCCUAAUAAAAAUGAGGGGGAAAAUCAACAAGUAUGAGUCAUGAAGAAGUGCUGGGGUGAUAGUCCAGAGGGAUAGUUUUCAAGGUGAGGUCUGAGGACCUCGGGAGUUCCCUGAGACCCCUUUCAGGAGUGUUCACAAGGUCAAAACUAUUUUCAUAAUACUAAGAUGGUAUUUGCCUUUUUUAUUUUCAUUAUCUGAAAAGUAUACAGUGGAGUUUUCCAGAAGCUAUGUGGCAUGUGAUUACAUCAUCUUUUUGACAUCAUUGUUAAUGGGAUAUGUGCUUGUAUAUUGUGUUACAAACUGUUUUCAGUUUUAAUUUCUAAAAUAGUAAAUUGACAUGAACCACAUAAACAAAAAUUCAAUAAAUUUUAAGAGUGUAAAGGCAGGGUGACUGGGUGGCCCAGCGGGUAGAGCA